AUGCCUGAGCAUUUUCAGCGUCCUGAGAAUGCUCUCAAAAAGGCACAGGAGUUUCUGGUCGUCCAGAAGCCCAAGUCGGCCCAGGAAGUUCUCAUCGAUGUCAUCAAGAGUAAGCGACAUCGAAAUUGGACCAAGGUCCAUGAACAGAUUAUGGAAACCCUGAUCGACUUAAACGUCCAGUUGAAGGACUCAAAAGCAGCAAAAGAGUCGCUGUUCCAGUACAAGCUCACUUGCCACACGAUGAAUGUUCAAAGUCUCGAAUACGUCGUCCGAAAGUAUUUGUCGAAGGCUGAGGCCCGCGUCAAGCAGGCUCAGGAAGAAAGUAAGAAGCUCGCUCUUGAGCGCAAGAUUGCAAUGGGCGGCGUCGAUGCGUCGGAAGAAGCUGAUAGCGAGACUCUCGCUGCGAUUGAGGAUUUGGAAGUUCCUAUGACUCCUGAAGACAUGAUGCUCGGCGCUGUCACCGGCGAAGAUACCCAAGAUCGAGCCAACAUCGAAAUCCUUGUGCCAUGGAUCAAGUUCCUCUGGGACGCGUACAGAAACUGCUUGGACCUUCUCCGAAACAACAAGCCAGUCGAGCGACUCUACCAAGAUAUUGCCAAGCUCGCUAUGACCUUCUGUGUCAAGUACGAUCGAAAGAACGAGUUCCGACGACUUUCCGACACUCUCCGAAGCCAUUUGAACCAGAUCACUCGAGGAACCAAGGGUAAGAACGCCGCGACUGCGAUUUCCCUCCAGAAUCCCGAGUCUCAAGCUAUUCAUUUGGACAUCCGAAUCGCCCAGCUGGAUUUCGGCAUCAAAAUCGAACUCUGGCAAGAAGCCUUCAAGGCUGUUGAGGAUAUUCACUACUUGAUGAACAUCCCGAAGCGACAACCACACCCUGGUAAACUCGCUGAGUUCUAUACCAAGCUCGGUGUUGUCUUCAUGAAAGCCAACAUGCAUCUCUUCCAUGCUUGCACCCGACAUAAGCUCUUCAAGCUCACUCGUGAUCUUCGGAAGAAUCUGUCUCAGCAAGAGCUCUCCACCCUUGCCUCGAUGAUGCUUAUCUCGACCAUGUCCAUCCCCAUCACAUCGGUCAAGCACGGUCUCGGAAAGAUGCUCGACAUCGAAAAUGCUCUAGUCGAAAAGCAUCAGAAGAUGGCUCGUCUCCUUGAGCUUGAGCGAACCCCAACUCGUGCUUCUCUCAUGACCGACAUGAUCUCUCGAUAUGGCGUUCUGCGAAUCAUCCCAAAGCAGCUCGUCCGACUUUACGAGCUUCUCGAGACCGAAGAAGGCUCUUUGAAGAUGAAGGGCGAAGUCGAGGACAUCCUCAAAUGGCUUGAAAAUCACGAGUCCGAGCGUAUGCGAGAGUACCACGCUCUCUACGCUCAGAAAAUCAAGAACGUGAUGGCUUCUCGAAUUCUGAUCCAGGUCUCCAAGAUCUACAUGACUGUCAAGUUCCCCAAGCUUAUCAAGCUUCUCCCCGACAUGUCUCGACAAGAAGUUGAGCGAAUGAUCGUCGAUGCUUCUCGAAUCGGUCAGCUCCGCGUCCGAAUUGAUCAUUCAAAGGACAUCAUCAACUUUGGCCGAGAAUCCGACCCCGCACCACUCUACGUCGAUGACGAAAUGUCCAUUGAUCCUUUGACUGCUUCAAGAACUGACACCCAAAAUGAAUGGAUCUCCAACCGUCUGAACGAUCUCUCGCGAGUCCUCGAAAUGGCCAUCAUCCAGCUCAAGUCUGAUGAGGAGCAGAAACUUACGAUCAAGCGCCGAACGAACAACUAUGCCGCUUACAUCAAGGCACGAUCCCGAGAGUCCAACCGACUCAAGAACCGACGAGAUGAAAUCGAAGAGCGCAUUGAAGAGUGUGAAACUGAAGUUCGAGAGCGAGCCACCCGUGAGCGAGAAAAGAAAGCCCGAGACAAGGCUGAUAAGGAGAAGGAAAUCGCUGAUAAAGAAAAGCGAGACCGAGAUCGAUUGGAAGCUCUCCGAAAGACAGAAGAAGAGAAGGCUGAGCAACUCCGACAGGCUCGUGAAAAGCUCGAGAGCAUGCGCAAGUCUGAACUUGGUGCGAAGCUGUUCUCUGAUCUCACAGCUGAGAUGCUGCUGACUGUUGACUUGAACGAGCUCUUCCAGGAGCGAGUCAAGAAAUUCAAGGAAAUCAAGCGUGAAGACCAAGAAAAGCUCAAGAAGGUCGAGCGUAGCUUUGAUUACUUCGAACGAGCGAAGCGACUCGCUGAGAUUCCCAAAAUGGAGGAGUACAAUCGAGAGCAAGCUGCCAAGACUCGACUCCUCAUGGAGGAAAUGGAAGACGUCCGAAUGCAACAAAUGCGAUCUGACUGGGAAAAUGAUUUGGCGACGAAGCAACGACUGUCUUUUAUGUCAGAAGAUGCUGCAGGUUUCAAAGAAAAGCUCAAGCGAGAGCGACGAGAGCUCUACGAAAAGAAGAAGAAAGCCUUCGAUGCGGAGGUUGCAGCCGAACGAAAGAUCCGUCUUGAACAAAGAAGACAAGACCGAAUCGCAGAACGACGCGAAGAAUGGCUUGAAGAAUGCCGAAAAGAAGAAAUUCGACGAAAGGAAGAAGAAGCCGAGGCCCGUCGACAAAAAGAAAUCGAGGCCGCCGAAGAAGAACGACGAAGGGAAGCCGCCCGACGCGAAGAAGAGGAGCGAAUGCGUAAACGAAGCCCACCUCGAGACGAUCGUUAUCGACCACCAGGAGGUUUCGACCGAAGACGAUCUCCAUCGCCCGGAGAGGCUCCCCUGGCCGUCGAUCCCCGCCAAGACGAGGACCCUCGCCCGACCGCCGCGGACCACCCAUCCGUUCAUUCGGUGCUCGUCGAUCUCCAUCUCCUGGCCGAGGAGGCGGUGCUUGGAGAAGAGGCCCAUCUCCCGGCCGUCGAUCUCCACCUCGACGAUUCUCUCCUCGACGGGACGGACCACCUCGAGAUGGACCAGGUCCCCGACGAUUCUCUCCUCGUCGACGAUCACCAUCGCCAGGUGGCCGACGACCAUACUCGCCUCCACGACGAGAUGGACCAGGCCCACGACGCUUCUCUCCAGGUCGACGAUCGCCUCCAAGACGAUUUUCCCCACCACGAGGUCCACCUGGACGACGAAUGUCUCCUCCACGACGCGGAGGCUCUCCACCGAGACGAGGAGGUUCCCCACCUCGCCGACGAUUCUCGCCACCAAGAUCAGAAGGCGCCUGGCGAGCAGGUCCACGGGAUGAUCGAGGCCCUCCCCCACGACGAGGUGCCUCGCCACCGCGACGAGGAGGUUCUCCGCCUCGACGAGAUGGACCACCUGCUUGGCGACGGGACGAUCGCCGAGAUGAGCCCCGUGGUGCCCCACCACGUCGCGAGCCAUCUCCUAAGCGUGACGCGCCUCCUGCCGAGUCUGAUGGCUGGAGCACUGCAGUUGGCAAACGCCGUUAGAGUGCAUACGAGGGUGUCGACCGAGGAGGGGAAACUUAUUGGACUUCCUGUUCAAUGGCUAUCAAUUGUGAACGAGCGUCAUCGAAAUCGCCAGCCCUAUAUUGAUGCCGAUGUCAUCACCCCAAUCUGCUUUGAAGACAGGAUCAUUCGUGGAAGUCAAAGGCGCAAAAAUGUGGACAUUGCCAGGUCAAAUUCACUCAGAGAAGAUCGAGGUCUUGAACAGCCUUCGUCGACAAAACCGAUUCUCAGCGAUAUUUCGGAGACUGAGAUGCAAAGCUCUUUUGCGAAGAUGGAUAUUUCAAAAGAGAAUGGUCAAAGAACGUCUUCUUCAUCAAGCAAUUAUACUGUUUCGAAGUCUGCUGCUCGUCUUCACUUCCAAAGUCGCCGUUCAAAUUCCAACAAAACUGGAAACGUCAAAUCCGGCGAUAAUAGCCAUCCCGUGCCCAAGUCGAAAUCUACGUCAGGGCUACACGUCACCCAGAACAACUCCUAUAUUCAGCGGAUUCAGAUCAACCGUAGCAUACCCAGCGACAACAAUAACUUGCCUCAGAAACCCGCUACAAAACCUCGGAAACUGCCACUGACCCAGUCAAAAUCGACACCCAACUUUUCGCAAGCCAACAAUCUCAAAGUACAGUUUCAAAAGCAAAACCAGAAGCAGAAAGUCACGCACGAGGAGUUCAAAGCUGCGCUGAUGUGCGUCGUCUGUGAUGGCGAUCCAACGACGCAUUUGAAAAUGAUUCGCAAAAUUGGUGAGGGUUCUACUGCCCUGGUCUACCUGGCCGUCGACAAGCAGAACAGACAAUUAGCGGUGAAAAAGAUGAACCUCAAGAAACAGCAGCGCAGGGAGCUGCUUUUCAACGAGGUCUGCAUCAUGCGCGACUAUCAUCAUGUGAAUAUUGUGGAAAUGUACUCUUCUUUCGUCGUUCAUGAUGAACUUUGGGUGGUUAUGGAAUAUUUGGAAGGGGGUGCUCUUACGGAUAUCGUGACCCGAACUGGUGUGACGAUGACAGAGCCACAAAUCGCUACCGUCUGUAAAUCCGUUCUACAAGCCCUCGUUUACCUUCACGAUAAAGGCGUUAUCCACAGGGACAUCAAGUCUGACUCGAUUCUUCUGACGUCGCAGGGACAGAUUAAACUUUCUGACUUUGGAUUCUGCGCUCAAAUCUCGCCAGAAAUUCCGAAAAGACGCUCAUUUGUCGGAACGCCCUAUUGGAUGGCGCCAGAAUUGAUUUCUAGAAUUCCGUACGGGACGUCUGUAGAUAUCUGGUCAAUGGGAAUCAUGGUGAUAGAAAUGGUGGACGGAGAGCCACCAUUCUUCAACGAAACGCCUAUCAACGCGCUAAAAAUGAUCAAAGAUUGCGUCCCGUCAAAGAUGCGCCAUGCAGACCAGGUGUCGACAGUUCUGCGCAACUUCGUGAAUCGUCUUCUAACUCGGACUCCUUCGGAGCGCGCUACCGCCGAGCUGCUGCUGCGCAAUCCAUUCCUUCAACUAGCUCGGGAAAAUUCAUGUCUCAAACCGCUCCUGUCUAAACGCUGA